GCUUUGCCACGUGAUCUGUCCUCAAACGAACUGGUUGAAAAGGAGUGCGUGACGAGUCAGCUCAGGAAGAACCAUGACCAGCCCGGGAAAAAAAAUUCGAUGUUCGACCGUGCAAACGUUUAAAACUAGCUAAACUGGAUUAAUUUGGAUUGUGAUCUCAACCUGGGUGGUUUGCUUUGAGUCUGCAGGUCAGCGGUCUCAAACAACAAACAAAGAUGGCGCCGCGCUGCGGAUAACCGUGAAGAUGAAGAUGUAAACACACAUAGAGGCUGGCUAUAAAACGAAAUACAUUUAAGCGAGAUUGUUCAAAACAUGUCGGAGGUAAAGUUAGGGAGACCAGUUAGAAGGUCUUCCAAUUCUAGUAUUUCAUCUAGAGCGUCCAAUGUGUCCUUCUCGGAGAAGGUUCGGCGUGAGUCGACCGCCAAAUUUGACAACUUCAUGAAGGAAUGCCGUGCGGCUUACCUGGCCGUUUUAAGUAGUACAACCGAGAAAAUCACAUCCAUUGACGAACUGAUCCUAGCCCUUCAGUUUGGUGGAAGAAAUCCUUCAAUGAAGUUUGUACAAAAAUAUUGGAGACAUGACACAGAUAGUAUAUCGUACAAUGAUUUUUGUGACAUAAUGAGGAAGGAAAAACCCCUGAAUAAGGACUCUAUCCUCAAGGCAUUCAAAUGUAUUGACAAGAAUGGUGAUGGAUUUAUAACGUAUGAUGAGCUGUUUACAUUGUUGACCAAGCGAGGAGAAAGGAUGACUAAAUCUGAGGUGCAAGAAAUUCUUGAUGAUGCUGACAUAAACAAUGAUGGGAAACUGGACUAUAAUGAGUUUGCAGCCCUGCUUGUAAGUACAGCAGAUGACUGUAAACAGAAAAGCUUAAAGAAACUGGCAAAAGCUGACGAUGAUACCACUUCUUCGUACACACCACAAUCUUCUAUUAAUAAAAGACAAAGUAUAAACAAGCAAAACAUUCAGGAACCUGACAACCUGAAGGAUUGGUACCAAGGAUGCAGUAAGGGUAGUUUCUUUAUUGAUGGAGAUGGUAUCAUAACCAGCCAUCAGUUCAAACUACAUCUUACAAAGGAUUCUGAUGUCUUUGUAACUAUCCAACCCACUGCUAAUAAGAAAGUUGCAGAUAAACUGAAAACCAUGGACAUGGCAGUAUUCUGUGUGGAUAAGAAUUCAGAGCUGGUUACUUUUACAGAGUCUAAGCUAGGACCAAAAUAUUGUUUUCAUCAUGAGUUGGGGAGAGGAACAUACAGCUUAAUUUCCUUCACAACUGGGUGUCGACUUUCUGUCAGGAAGUCCACACCAGGCAAAAAAGCCAACCUUACCACUGGCUCUGGAGAAAAUAUGAAGCUUAGCAAGACGUUUAGGGAAGCUCUAACUGAUAUCUUUGACCGUUGCGACCUUGAUGGCAAUGGAUACUUAAGUCGGGAAGAAUUUGACUUUUUUCAGAUGAAAUCUGGUGGUGAACAAUGUGAUGACGAUGCAUGGGAAAUCAUGAAAGAUAAUUUUGAAGUGAAAGACGAUGAGAUCACUCUGAAGGGAUUCCUUGACCUGAACAUGAUGGAAGCUCAAGAUGCUGAUGGUGAUCCCAAUGACUUAUGGCUGACUCUUGAAAACAUGGGCUUCAACAAAGCUCUUGAGUUAGAUCAGUCAUGUCCAUUUUUGCUAGAGGUUUUCUCUAACAAGUGUAGGCCAACUUUACAAGUGAACUCAAUCCUAGAGAACAGAAAUGAUGUCGUGGAGAAAGCUGUAGUGACUUCAGUACUUAAUAACAUCUCCAAAAAGGAGAAUGUAAGAGGAAUGAGAGAUCUUAUUUUGUACAAGUAUGAGAGUGCCAUAAGAGUGACACUGGUGCUACAGAAUACGUCUCACAGUGAUGUCGUUGUCAGAGUGGAUUGCAGCAACAGUAAGAACUGUUUAAGCCACCGAGGUGACCUGGACUACACAAUAAAGCUAGAGGCCAACAGCACAGGGGUUGUUCACCAUUUUGUACCUCAGGACGCACGGAGGGAGUGGGGUGUGAAGCACUCCUUGACAAUCGAACAGUGAUAUUCUUUGUGUGCUUUCAGUUUCCAUACUCAGUUUACACAAUGUACAAAUGUAAAUUAUACAAAAAAUGCUGCGAUAUCAUAACAUUAAAGUGUAGAUCAAUCCUC